AUGCAUCCUCUUCUUCUCAUCCUCUCCUUAAUCCUCCCACUCGCCACCGCCGCCUCAGCGCCGCCGCUCCACGAAUCGCACCUCACCAAGCACCACAUCCCCCGGAAAUCCAACGCGUCGUCGUCAACCGCAGAGUACGUCGAGGUCACGCGCCCCCUCCCGUACGACUCACUCACCCCCACGUGCACCCUCCCCGUACUCUCCCACACAUUCGGCAACACCGUCGACCUCCCGCCGACCACCGCCAACUACUCCACUCCGUUCAACUGCACGUGGACCAACGCCGUCAUCCAAUUCUCCGCCGCCUCCAACGGAUCGCAGUACGCCCGCAUCGCCGCCGUAUGGCUCUCCGGCGCGGAGAUCCUCCGCACCAGCACCCCCGAGCCGACGCCGGAGGGCAUAUUCUGGAGCUUCCGCAAGGACGCCACCAAAUACUCCUCCAUCCUCCGUCAGUCCAACCUCACCCUCGCCGUAAUGCUGGAGAACGUCGUCAACGACGUCUACACCGGCGUCUACCGAGUCAACGUCACCCUCCUGUACUACAACGUCUCUAACGGCACCACCAACGGCACCGCCGCCGUCAAUCGCAGAAAGUCAACCAUCAGGAAAUUGAAACACAACCACCACUCAGUCUCGCUCGACUGGAAGAACUCCUCCGAAUUGAACGACAAUCCGGCCGAUUUAAUCAUCCCAAUCUCCGCGAUCGGAGACGAAGGGUUCUGGUUCAAAAUCAAGAGCGAAUCCGACGCGGUUUUGCAGGGGAUUCAAAUCCCACUCAACACGUACAAAGCCGUGGUCGAGGUGUACGUUUCCUUUCACGGCAACGAUGAAUUCUGGUACUCAAACCCCCCAGAUGCCUACUUGGAGAUGAACGGCUUACCCACACAGAGAGGCCAUGGUGCCUACCGCGAAGUCCUCGUCAAACUGGACGACAAUGCCGUCGGAUCUGUAAUUCCAUUUCCGGUGAUCUUCACCGGAGGUAUCAAUCCUCUGUUCUGGGAGCCAAUAGUUUCCAUCGGAGCUUUCGAUUUGCCCUCUUACGAAAUCGACAUAACCCCGUUUUUGGGGAUGCUGCUCGACGGCAAAACCCAUUACUUCGGUCUUGGUGUUACGGACGCCAUCUCAUUCUGGCUAGUCGAUGCGAAUCUGCAUUUAUGGCUGGAUGAUAAAGCAGAUAAAGUCCAGGCUGGAGCUAUAAAGUACAGCGAUCCCAGCAGCUGCAUUGAACGUGAAUCGAAGUUUUAUCAGCUGAAUGGGAAGUUCGAAAUCGAGUCGAAGAGGGAAAGCGAGUUUUCAGGGUGGGUGAAUUCCAGUGCGGGCAAUUUCACCACUUUCGUAAAAAGAAAAUUGAAAUUCGAAAACACGAUCGAGUUCAAGCUUAACGGAACCGAGAAGAAAAUCGAGCAGGAAGUGAAGUUGACUACUGAGGUGAAGGUGAGUACUAUCACAGGGAUCGAGAUCUCGAAAGUUACCGUUGAGAGUAAAUACCCUCUUGAAAUAACUACCACAAAUUUGCCUGGAUCGGGAGAUGGUAACUACACGGUGAUUACGAAGUUGGAGCAGUCGUUAAAGGAGGAGAAGACAGUUGGCAGAGUUAAGAGCAAGUUAACGAAUACACAGAAAUGUUACGGGUGGAUGUCUGUUCAGGACCAUGAGGUUUUGUCUGGUUCGGGGAGUACGGAUCAAAGCUAUUCUGUGAAUGAUAGUUUGGGUUGUUAUGCUCGGAAGGUUUCGGCUGAGGGUGGCAAUAUUACUAUAGACUCGGAGAAUUUUCUGUGUGGAUCUGCUGCUAUUUAA